UUUGGUGGUCUACCAGGUCUUGCAUGGUUGUUAGGAGUCUCAUUUUCUCUGUAUCUUCUGAAUAAUUUUGUGUACUCCAGUUUUGGAAACUCCUGUUUCUUCGAUUCAUUAUGUUUAAUGUAAUCUUCUCAGAAAUCUCUCCUGAAAAGUGAAUAACUUGUACUUGAUAGCCUUUUUAAGGUCUCUGAUGUUUGCACAGUACUGUACCUACUGUCAUCUGUGUUUUGUCUUAAUACUUGUCAGUAUUCCUCUCCUUGUAUUCCUAUAAACAGAGGUGACAUAGUUGACGUUAAUAUCAUUAAAUCCGGUCUGGAUCUGUUUAGGACUUUUUGUUUUCUUCCAGGACACUUGAAACAUGCCUUAAAAAGGUUCUUUGUCUCCUUUUUAAUAUUGUAAAGUUUUAUUAUGAUGCUUGAGAAUGUGAACAAAUUUUACUCUCUUGAGUUGUAUCUUGUUGAUUAUGCUGUAUCAUACUAUUUGCGUUCAUGCCUGUUUAUCAGGCAUGUUGAAUUUGGAAUUCUGGAAUUUUUAAUGAUGUCUGGAAUUCUUAAUGAUGACUGCUGAAAAUUCACUACACAAUAUUAAAAACUUUUAAAACCAAUUAUGUGCUUUAAAUCUCCUUCUUCUUCUGUAAAAAAAGAGUUCUUUAUCUAGUAGCUAUAAACUAUAGUCCAUCAAAAAGCUUCAUGUUUAGUCAUAAAGAGCUAGUUUGUGACCUCUUCUUUGCUAUACAGUCCUACUGUGUGUCCCAUUGUGGAACAAAAACACAUUAAUACACCCUGUAAAGGAGUAGCAACACAGAUUGUGCUGAUGAAUGUGUUUGAGUUCAGGGUGUGUAAAUCUCGAGGUAGAUCCUGGAUGGGGUUUUUCUCGACAGCUUUACAGUGGAAAACAGGUUUGCUCUGUUGAUCUUUAAGACUGAGAGAUUUAAAGAUAGCUCAUUUCUUUUGUUUCACAAACAUGAUCAUUUAAACAGCAGCACUCAGAUUACAGAAUCUAUGCAGGAUGAGAGUGCGAGGGUUCUCUUCUCUCAUAGUUGUCAUCACCCUCCUCUUAAUAUGGGGCUUCUUUGUCAACAAGAAGUUUUUUCAGGAGGAUAGAAAAUAUGAGGUGCACAAAAAAGAAAUUCCGAGAUCAGACUGCGCUCUUCCAGCUCUGUUUGAGUCUCACUUAGGUUGCUGUCCUCAUAAAAUCUGCCCUGCAGACCACUACCCCUUUUUUAUCCGCAGUGGUCUAGCCAACAUGGUGGGGCCAAAGAUCUGCUUAAACAACACAAUUAUAAUGGGAGGAUUAAUUAAUAACAUUGGAUGGGGUCUGAACAUUGUGGUGGUGAAGGGUAGAACUGGUGAAAUAUUGGAGCGCAGGUACUUCAAUGUCUUUUCUGGGGGAUUGCUUGAGUUUCUGAAGUUGAUACAAACAGGAAGUAUUGUUUUAGUGGCCUCAUAUGAUGACCCUGCAGUGGUGUUGACGGAUGAGAUCAGAGAGAUUUUCGCCAGGUUGGGGAGCACCAUGAUCCGCUCGGUGAAGAAAAGGGACACCUGGGUGUUUGCAGGGUCUGUUGGAAUACUUAAGAAGAGUCAAUUUGAGAAGCUCACUGCUAAUGAUGAGAAGAGCAAUGUGUAUGGAGACUGGCCAGAGAUGGAAGAGGUGGGUGGCUGCUUUCCCAGAAAGAUCUGAGUGACAGUAAAUGAGUGUGUUCUGCAGCAGCCAACCGGGAUCGUUAAAAACAUGGAACAUUUCAAACGUGGGACUUAAAAGCUUUGAAGUUUGGAAAUGUUGCAAAGUGUUCACAUAUGGAUGCCCGCGUCUGAUAGCCACAUACUGCCCACGGUCUGUCUUGUGCUGCGUGGGUCACAGUAGGUCAUAUGAAAUGUUUACGAGGUUUCACAAAUAAACUUUUGUUAAAAAACACACAA